UUGAAGUGGAUUUAACUAGUGACAUCAAUAAGGGAUCAUAGCUUUAGCCUGGAUUCACCUGGUCAGUCUAAGUCAUGGAAGGAGCAGGUGUUCUUAAUGUUUUGUAGACUCGGUGUAUAGCACUACAGAUAAUCAAGUGCUAUUUGCAUGUGAUGCAUUUGCUCUGUUGUUUACAAGAUGAUUUGUAUCUUAUGGAGCGUGGCUUUAAGGGAAUAGUAUGGUCACAUCUAGAUAAAAACAAAUGUGAAAAAUGAACAGAGAAAAUGUAUAUUAACACACUACCUAUUCAUAGACGUAUUUAUUCAUCAUCUACAUAUUCAUAUUACGUUUCUACGUCUGUGUACAGGACGCUAUUAUUUGUAAGACGUAAGAGAAAAUAUAUCAGCUUAUUGUUAAAUUAUUAUGACGUUCUUUCCAAUACAAAAAGUGUAGUAACUGUUGUUUCCAAACUGCGUUACCCACUUCAGUCAGCAGAUGGCGGAUGUACGUCUUUCAGGUGAUGAUUCUUGCGUGACAUAUAAUUUACUGGACGGGACGCUUCUUCAGGAACAAUAACACGGCUACUCUUUCAACCACCUCGGUAGCUUGCUAGCCAACAUAAAACUGAAAUAUUGACGCUUUAGACCAUGUUAAUGUACAUUAGCUAAUCUCAGUGGUUUAAACACAGUUCUGUUGACAUAUCUACUUGUUAACUUUAGCCUAAUUUGCUUGUUCAAUUUGCAAAUGUGUCAAAGAUUGGUACUGAGCCUAGCACGAGGCUAGUCGCUAAUGCUAACUAGCUAGCUAACAUCCCUGACCAUGAGCUCACUCAGCAACUCGCCUCUUGCUAAAGAAGAAUAUGUCUACUGGACGGAGAAAGAAGCUCUGGGGCUGAACAUUGUCGUGAAAGAAGAAGAGGAUGGUAUUACAAUGAAAGGAGAGAGAGAAGAUUUCAUAAUUAAAAAGGAGGAAGAUGAGGCUGUUAUACUGAAAGAAGAGGAAGAACAUUUUGGAGUGGAAGAGGGGAUAGAGGCUGUCACAGUGGAAACGGAGGAGGUAGAAGCUUUCAGAAUGAAAAAGGAGGAAGAGGAGGCUGUCACAUUGAAAGAAGAAGAGGAGGAGGAUGUUAAAGUGAAAAAAGAUAAAGAACUAGGAGUGGGAGAGGAUGCUAUCUCAAUAAAGGUGAAGGAGGAAGUCGUUUUGGGAGUGAAAGAGGAGACAGAAGAUCAGAUAAACACCAGAGAGAGACACGACUAUCAUGGAUCCUCUGGGGAGCCUCAACAACAUCCUGAUGCUGACGAGGCAGAGAAGAGUCUCUCCAGAUCAGAACACCAGAUGGACAAUGCUAGCCCGCCCCCUUCCUCCCUCCCGGAGUCCCCGUGUCGUGCCUCUCCCGGUAGCAUCUUACUGCUGGGUAUGAAGAGGUUGUCUGUGCAGCUGGUAGACUGCAGGAAAACAACGGGGCUGAGUGGAACUGUGAGAGGAGGAGAAGAGAAGAAAGGAACAGAUUUGACUCAUCAAAGUAAGUGCUGUAGUUUAGUUUGAACAAAUAAAUAGAUCUGUUCACUGGUAUCUGUUACCAGGACAACCAGCAGAGUUCUGUUAGUUCUGGGAUCGAACCCGGGUCUGGAGUGACACCUCAAGUGCCUUAGACCGCUGUGCCACUCGGGUAGCAGCUCCUUUGUUUGGCUGACGUUGAGGGACCGGUUGUUUACCUUGCACCACGCUCGUUGUCCUCAGGGGUUCUCGUCUUUAUGCUCGAAGUUGGAGAACAUGUAUUUUAGCGGCAGGGUGGCGUUGGUGUCUGCGACAUGACUAGUUCUUUUAGUGUUUUUUUUUUAAUUCUGUGACCGUUAGAAACACAUUAUGCCUCGUGACUAAAUAAGUCUUUAUCAUUUCUAUGACUACUACCACAUGGACAGACUGACUACUACCACAUGGACAGACUGACUACUACCACAUGGACAGACUGACUACUACCACAUGGACAGAAUGACUAGUACCACAUGGACAGACCGA